AUCUCAUUUAUCUUAUCAACAAGUCUCCACUCUCAAGUCUCCCUUGACUCAAGAACGAUCGUCGCCCGAGGAGGACUUGUAUUGCGUAGACAUGAAAAAAUGGCUGGAGAAUCACAUGGAGUCACCCCUGUGAAUGUCGGUCAACCCGGCAAUUGACUUGCCCAGCGUAACUGUCUCAACUUCCACCAAGUUUCUGGACAAUUCAACGCAGAGGGGGAAUCCAUAUCUUACCCUGUAUCGACAACUAUCCGCACCAUGGCUCAAGUUUUCAAGUACCCGGUUAACGCCCAAGAGCCUCUCAUUACCCUCACCCGACCCAAGGACCAUCUCUGGGUCAUCGAAUUACACAACGGCCAGGACAAUAGGUUGACUGCUACUCUCGUGAACGAGGGUUUGAAGCCUGCUUUGGACGAAGUCGAAAGGCAAUGGCGCGAGAAAUGGCGCGCGGCUGCAGCUGCCAAGGACCAGCCUCAGGGCAAAGGGGCACUCAUUAUCGUUGGUCGAAGAGACCAGGACAAGUUCUUCAGCAAUGGACUUGACUUUGCCAAUGUUGUCAAGGACUUGAACUUCUUCCCUGUCACUUUUGAUCCUCUCUUGGCCCGCCUCCUCACCUUCCCAAUCCCCACCAUUGCUGCGAUCAAUGGCCACUGUUUUGCUGGUGGACUCAUGCUAUCUUUUGCCUGCGACUAUCGGGUCAUGACGGAUGGAAGCAAGCGGAACGCCUGGUUGUGCAUGAACGAGGUUCACUUUGGCGCUCGUUGGCCCUACUCCUUCGCCUCUCUUUUGCGCGCCAAGUUCGGUGACCAUCGACUUGUGCGCAAGAUUGCUCUAGAAGGGCACCGUUUCACCCCUCCCGAGGCUUUGGCUGAUGGUCUAUUGGAUCAUAUCGUCAACGGCAAGACCGCGGACGUCCUGGCCAAAGCUGAAGAGGUCGCGGAGCGUGUAAGUAUGAACGCUUCCGCUGGGGCUUGGGGACUCAUCAAGAAGGACUUGUAUCGUGAUGUUUUGGAAGACUUCCGCAAGGAAACCUUAACCACCAACCCCUUCAUUGAAGAUGCUGCUGCUAAAGCGAGACUCUGAUGAUCGUAAGAAGUAUACAUCCCUGUAUUCUGUAAUAUACUGUACCAGUUGAAGGUAAACUGC